AAGGUCUUCACGGAAGGGGCCCGAGGUUGGAACGAGACGCCCCACCAAAUGUGCAUCAAAUGCCACAGGGCCAAUCACCGUAAGAAACAUCCCCAACGCCAGCCUCCGCAACGCCCGCCCCAGACCCCAAAGAUCCACACCACAGAAACCGAACCGAUCUCACAAAUAGCAGCAUUCAAGACCAAGGGUGCCCAAUUGCCCCGAACCCCCCGCAGACGUUGCCACAACUGGAAGACGACCACACAUGUCACCAUCACCACACCAUCAGCAGCGCAACUAGAUCACCACAUCUUCUCUAAGGGGGAGUGGAAAAGGACUCGCUUACGAGAUCACCCUAGGCUCCCAAUCACCAUAUCCCUCUCCCGGCCCAGCAGGACCGGUAGUGGCGCCUACAACACACCCUCAGACAUCUAUGCCGAAGUAUCUGCAAUAGCUGACACUGGCACCCAAUCGGACUUGUGGUCAUUGUCCGACUUUAUAGCCUGUGGUUUCUCUCGUGACGACCUCCAUCCCAUAAGCCUCAGCCUCUCAGCAGCCAACCGCUCACCCAUAUUGAUAGAGGGAGCGUUCUUUGCCAAACUUGCUACACAGUCCAGCUGCGGCGAGAUUAUGGCAUGCCACUCCAUGGUUUAUGUGAGCAGCUCCAUAGAGGACAUGUACCUGUCUUACGACUCGCUACUCAACCUUGGACUUCUA